AACCUCCAAAAACCCUCCCUUUUUUUCUCCUUCCGUCUCUCUCCCUCUCUCUCUCAUGGACAAUUUUUUCUUGUUAUUGUAUGUCAUACCAAUCUCCUUCCUCUUCUUCAAGCUAUUCAAGAUUGUAGAUCAAAAGAGACACCAAUCAUGCUACAUAUUGGACUACCAAUGCUACAAGCCAAGUGAUGACAGAAAGCUCAACACUGAGUUCUCUGGGGAAAUCAUGAAGCGAAACAAAAACCUAGGCCUCAACGAAUACAAAUUCCUCUUAAAAGCCAUUGUCAGCUCAGGCAUUGGAGAACAAACUUACGCACCGAGAAUGGUUUUUCUCGGACGAGAAAUCUGUCCACCAUAUGAAGAUGGGAUCUCCGAAAUGGACGAAUUCUUCGUGGACAGCAUCGACAAGGUCUUGACGAGAUCAAAUGUUUCUCCCUCGGAGAUCGAUGUUCUCGUUUUAAAUGUGUCGAUGCUGUCUUCAGUCCCUUCUUUAGGUGCUCGAAUCAUCAAUCGAUACAAGACGAGAGAGGACAUUAAGGUCUACAAUCUCACUGGUAUGGGUUGUAGCGCGAGCCUAAUAUCAAUCAAUAUUAUCGAAAACAUAUUCAAGACUCGCAAGAAUUUGAAUGCUCUUGUUGUGGCAUCCGAGUCAUUGACUCCCAACUGGUACCCCGGCAAUGACCGAUCGAUGAUACUGGCAAAUUGCUUGUUUAGGUCAGGUGGGUGUGCUAUACUCUUGACUAACAAACUGAGUUUACAACACAGAGCCAUGUUUAAACUCAAGUGCUUGGUUCGAACCCACCACGGCUCGAGGGAUGAGGCCUAUGGUUGUUGCAUGCAGAAAGAAGACGAACAAGGUCGAAUAGGGUUUUACUUGGGUAAGACCCUUCCAAAGGCGGCCACACGAGCUUUCAUAGACAAUCUGAAAGAAAUUUCACCCAAAAUAUUGCCUCUUCAAGAGCUGCUUCGGUUCACAAUAGCCUCAUUUCGACGAAGAAUGAGUCAAAACCCUAGUAAAACCGGAGGAGGUAUACCGGUGAUCAAUUUAAAGACAGGUGUGGAUCAUUUUUGCAUACACACUGGAGGGAAGGCGGUGAUCGAUGGGAUAGGACAGAGCUUGAGUCUGAGUGAGUAUGAUCUUGAGCCGUCGAGGAUGACACUUCAUCGGUUUGGUAACACAUCGGCUAGUAGCCUUUGGUAUGUGUUGGGGUACACGGAGGCUAAGGAGAGGCUCAAGAAAGGUGAUAAGGUGUUUAUGAUUAGUUUUGGGGCUGGUUUUAAGUGUAAUAGUUGUUUGUGGGAGGUGAUGAGAGAUUUGGGAGACAGAAAUGCAUGGGAUGACUGUAUUGAUAGCUACCCACCAGGAACCCUAGCCAACCCUUUCAUGGAGAAGUAUGGUUGGAUCAACAAUGAAGAUCCUAGCACCUUCAAACUUCCAGGAUAAAAAGGUCACAAAGCUUCAUGGUCAGUUUUUUUUUUUUUUUUAAUCAUCAAAAUUCAAAACUCUAUUGCUCCUUGUAUUGAU